AUGCAGGCCACCGCCACGCCCACCCGCCACUGCCACGGCGGGGGAGUGGGGGUAGGUGGAGCCGCCCAAGCCACCGGCACACCACCCACUCUGCCCCGGUUCCCCAGCAAACGGCAUUGUGACAAUUUCGGCAGCUAUGCCACACUGCCCACCAUUGAGCAGCAGUUGACCAUGCCCAUGAUGCCCCACUGCAGUCGACACGGUGGCGGUGGUGCUGCGGUAGUGGGUGGUGCUGGGGGAUCAGGUCCCAGUGUAAUGCCAGCCCCACCACCGCCCCGCUAUGCGAAUCCCAAUUUGAAUGGCUGCUGCUACAUGUACAACCCCAUGGCCGCCGCCCAUCAGAGCCAUCACCUUCAGCACGGCCAGCAUGGUCAGCAUGGCCAGCACCACCCCCAGAUGCCCCACCAUCAGCACCAGCACCAGCACCACCACCAGAACCAGCACCACCCCCACCAGUACGCCCCGCAAUAUUGCCUCUGCGAUAAUUGGUACCAUCACCCAGCGCCGCCGCAGCAACAGCACCACCAACAAAGGACCAAGAAUCCGAUGGCCAACGGCGGCUGCUAUUUUGGCUACGAGGCGAAUCAUCAUCCCAAUCUGCACGCCACUCCCCCGCAUCCCAGCCAUAUAACCGACGAGGAGGACUCGGCGUUUCCCGGACUGGCCGAUCGAGAGUUCCACCUGCUGCACCGGAAUAUCCCGGCACUGCGACGAACCGGAGUGGAUACCACACGCAUUAGACAGUACUUCUAUCCAGACGGCGGCUGGGGCUGGAUCAUCUGUGGCGUGUCCUUUCUGGUCCACAUCCUGACCACCGGACUGCAGCUGAGCUACGGCCUUUUGUGGUUCUAUGCCGUGCAGUAUUUGCAUAAUACCAGUGGCAUAGAACUGCUGGGCGCUUUGAGUUGGUCAGUUUCCAUGGUGGCCACAUCGUUUGUGGUGUCCCUCUGUCGCAAACGCUCCAUCCGCCUCCUGUCCAUCGUGGGCGGCCUGGUGAUGCCCCUGGGCAUACUGUUCACCUCAUUUGCCACGGAAUUUGGCCAGGUUGUUUUCAGUUAUGGCAUCGUCUUCGGAGUGGGGGUCGCCAUGGUGCGGGAGGCCUCCACCGUGAUGCUGGGCAAUUACUUUAAGCGGCGCCGUCAAUUCGUCGAAAUGGUGGCCAUGUCCGGCGAGGGAGUUGGCAUCGCUUUGUUCUCCGUCAUCCUGAAGGAGGGCGUGGGCAAGGCGGGCUGGCGCCUGGGCCUCCAGAUUGUCGCUGCCCUGACGGCACUCAGCUUUUUCAUGGGCCUAAUGUACCGACCCGCCUCCCUGUAUCAUCCACAGCGCCGGGCCAUCCAGCAUCUGAAAAAUCAGCGCAAAAAGAUGAGGGAGAAGAAGCCGAUUCUCAGCCAGGAGGUGGAGAGCAAGCCGAGAUACUUAUUCCUGGACAUAUCAUCACUGAAGUCGGUGACUGUUAAAAUUCUACUCAUGACCUCCAGCGUGGCCUCCUUUGGCAUUUAUACACCCAUGUUCCUAAUGGCUCUCAAUGCGGCCGAGCAGGGCUCAGAUGUGCAGGAGUUGGUUCUUUUGCAAACGUUUCUUGGAAUUUCCAUGGCCCUGGGUGUUGUUAUAGCUGGAGCUUUGCUGAGACGUUGCUUUGUGAUCAGGCACUUUGUGAUCAAUACAAAAAUUGUCACACAGCUGUUCCUAUCAAUUGUGGCGCUGGCCAUCCUAUUUCUGUCCUUUGUCAUGGGUUAUACAGGCCUUUGUAUACUAAGCUGGUUGUAUGGCAUUGGCCUGGGGGGCUUCCAAUAUUCCCUGAAGAUUUUGGCACUCGAACGCAUUAAGCUGAAACACUUCUCCAAGGCUUGGGGUGAGUCCGGGGACUUUGCAUGUUUAAAAUGCGGAUUAAACUUUGGGUCCUGA